AGGCUGUGAGCUGGUUGGAUGGUGGAGCUGUAGAGUUAUUCAGCCGGCAGGGAGGAUCCCCACACAUCAUAUUCUCAUCCACAUUGCGCACGGUACGGCAGCAGCAGCAGCACAGCAGGGAGAACAUGAGGGAAAUAGUGCAUAUCCAGGCUGGCCAGUGUGGAAACCAGAUUGGGACCAAGUUUUGGGAAGUGAUCAGUGAUGAACAUGGAAUAGAUCCAGCAGGAAGCUAUGUCGGUGAUUCAGCCCUGCAGCUCGAGAGGAUUAACGUGUACUACAAUGAAUCAUCCUCUCAAAAGUAUGUGCCAAGGUCCGUCCUGGUGGAUCUGGAACCAGGUACCAUGGACAGCGUCCGGUCUGGCCCAUUUGGACAGCUUUUCAGGCCCGAUAAUUUCAUUUUUGGACAAACUGGUGCAGGAAACAACUGGGCAAAAGGACAUUAUACAGAGGGGGCUGAGUUGGUAGAUUCAGUUCUGGAUGUGGUCCGAAAGGAAUGUGAUCAUUGUGACUGUUUGCAAGGGUUCCAGCUAACCCAUUCUCUUGGAGGUGGAACAGGAUCUGGAAUGGGGACACUUCUCAUAAGCAAAAUAAGAGAAGAAUAUCCAGAUAGGAUUAUGAACACAUUCAGCGUUAUGCCCUCACCUAAAGUGUCUGAUACUGUGGUUGAGCCCUAUAAUGCAACACUGUCUGUCCAUCAACUGGUGGAAAACACAGAUGAAACAUACUGCAUUGACAACGAAGCCUUGUAUGACAUUUGCUUCCGUACAUUGAAGCUCACUACACCCACCUAUGGAGAUUUGAACCACCUAGUCUCAGCUACAAUGAGUGGAGUUACCACUUCACUACGAUUCCCUGGCCAGCUCAAUGCAGAUCUCAGAAAACUAGCGGUUAAUAUGGUACCAUUCCCACGUCUUCAUUUCUUCAUGCCAGGAUUUGCACCACUGACAGCUCGGGGAAGCCAACAAUACAGAGCCCUCACUGUACCUGAACUUACACAACAGAUGUUUGAUGCCAAGAAUAUGAUGGCAGCUUGCGAUCCACGUCACGGGCGGUAUCUGACAGUGGCGACAGUCUUCAGGGGACCAAUGUCCAUGAAGGAAGUGGAUGAACAAAUGCUUGCUGUUCAGAACAAAAACAGCAGUUACUUUGUAGAAUGGAUUCCUAACAAUGUAAAAGUAGCUGUAUGCGACAUCCCACCACGUGGCUUGAAGAUGGCCUCCACAUUCAUUGGCAACAGCACGGCCAUCCAAGAGUUGUUUAAGAGAAUCUCAGAGCAGUUCUCGGCCAUGUUCCGUAGAAAGGCUUUCUUACAUUGGUUUACAGGGGAGGGCAUGGAUGAAAUGGAAUUUACAGAGGCUGAGAGCAAUAUGAAUGACCUGGUUUCUGAAUACCAGCAGUAUCAAGAAGCUACUGCCAAUGAUGGGGAGGAGACAUUUGAAGAAGAUGAAGAAGAAAUUAGUGAAUAAGAAGCUGAAUGCAAAAUUAAAAUCAGCAGAAUCCAUAUUUUUUAAACAAAUUGAAAUUCUUAAAUUUACAUUUCUCUGUUACACUUGUAAAUGUUUGAAGGCCAUUUCAACAACAAAACUUUUUUUUGUAGCACUUGAAAGUGUGGGGAAAUUUACACUUCUAGGACAGAUUUUGUAAUACAGAUCAUUGUUUAAUAAAGAAGAUACACGUAUAUUUGUAUUAGAAAUUUUGCAAAAUGGUUGAAAAUACAAAAAGGUAAAAUGUUUAAUAAAAGUUAUUCCUUGCUA